AUGCCGCCGAUAGAUAGAGACGCGAAAAUACCAUGUCCAACACCGCAACAUCUCCAGAUCGAGCUGGACGCGCUCGCAGCGGUGCUCGAGCUCCGAGAGCAGGAGGAUACAUGGGAGAAAAUGGAGCGCGGGAUCAUAAGGUUCACGGGCGUGACGAAGGGUGGAGGUUAUAAGCACCUUCCGCUGUUCAUCGAGGGGGUCGGAAAGAUGGGUGUCGGGUUGAAAGUUGGGCAAUGCAUGCUCUCCGAUCGAGGUCGUCUCUCUGGCGUAGCUACAGAACUCCUUCAAACCCUCGCACCCCGACUCGGACCCGCCUUUCAACCCCUCGUACCCGUCUACCUCCCACCGCUCGUCCAGCUCCUCGGACGACCGAACAAGGUCUUUCUCAAACGCGCCGAAAAGUGUCUCUGGACAAUCAUAUCCAAUUGUCACCUCUCCAACAUCCUUCUCGAGCUCCGCAGAGGAUUGUCGGACGAGGCAGCGACGUGUAGAAGGGGAUGUGCGGCGGGUUUUGAGCGCGCUCUGGUCGAGUGGCAACGCGGGGUGUUUGGCGAGAAGGGAGUGGGCAUAGUGGAGGAGGCACUGAGGAAGGUGGGGACGGAUAAGGAUCCGGAAGUGAGGGCUACGGGCAAGCGGAUAUGGACGAGGUUCAGUGAGGUGUGGCCUGAAAGGGUGGACGAAUUCUCUGGACCGCUCACUCCGACUAUAAGACGGUACCUCGGUGUCUCUGCGGCUGCCGCAACAGCCGUAGCUGGAUCAUCGAAGUCACGUGCCGCACCCGCUCGAGCAGCGCCCACACGACCACCCCCAUUCGCUCUUACAGCAUCCACCUCUUCUGCACCCGUGGCUACCCCAGCACCCUCCCCGCCACUCGUCCAGAUGCCUCCUCCGCCCCCCGUGCAGAUGGCCCCUCCACCGCCGCCCCCUCAGACUGCUGCACCACCCGAACUAGCCCGUCCUCUCGCAUUCCCCACCCGCGCUACCCGCCCAGCACUCCCUACCUCCCAAUCGGAAGCCUGUCUCCCCACACAGCCGCCUAUCGAGGCAGUACGUCCCCGUCGAUCACCCACCAAGGUCCUCUUUCCAGGCGGACCCGCCAUACCCGGUCCUCCCGUGCUCGAGGAAUCUACCCGACCCCGUAUCCUCUCUUCCCGAGCUCCUCGAUAUCCACCUGGCGUACUCGGCGCACAUACCCGCUCUGUAUCGCACAGUGUGCUACCACCUCCGGAGGUCCCCUCUUUCCCGUUUCCCUCAGAAUGGGCACCAACACCCGUUACAUCCGCUCCGGAACCGCCUACCCGCCCGGCACUCCCAACUUCGUUUUCUACCACCUCGCUGCCCACCUCCGCAGCCGAGGACGAGGGGAGGGGGACAUGGCAGCCCGCCCGUCGAUUCGCCGGCGGGCCACUCCGCGCCGCUCUCCCUUCGUCCGCCGAGGAGCGCAUGCCCAUCUCAGGCUCCGUCUCGGCCGGAGCCACACCGCAUGUUCUGCGCGGAGCCGUCCGGCCCGCGCCUGUCCCUGUCGCUCGGCGCGAUCUCGGUCAGCCUCAACGGCGGGUCAUAUCGAACCCUGUCCACCCGGCGCUGGCGUCUAGCGCAUCCAUACCUGACUUUGAGCACCCCAUACCAGCAUCCACCCAGCCCCAAAUUUCGGCGGCGCCCGCUUUGCUGCGAGUCAGUACGAGCGUCCGGGACAGGAUCCAAGAGAUGGAGCGGAAAGCGUCCGAGGCGGAGGUGGAAGCUGCGGGUGUACCCUUGCCGUCCAGUCCUGUGGCGGAACGGUUCGCGAAUGGCCAAGCUGGAACAAGGAGUCGGGAGGGUACACCGACGAGGAGGAGGGUGGAGCUGGCUGCCUUGUCGCCGAGUGUGCCGAUGUUGGCGAGGUCGUUGAGGGGGAGCAGUGGGCCGGAGAAGGGGAUGUUGAGGGAUGAAGAGGCGCCGAGUGAGGUGGGGGACAUGACGCUGAGCGAGUCGACAGCGACAAAGGAGUCGGAGCCUGCGAGCUCCAACAGCGCAGACAGUGUCGAUCCACCCGCGCUCAGAACGGCACCAGCAACCUUCAUCGAAAUGGGCACUGUUGCCGUAACGGACACUACGGCUCUUCCGCCCCCACCGCCGACCACCGCUGCAUCUACCUCUGAAAUCGCUCCCUCCACUCUCGCUAGCAAAAAGGCCGCCUCGACCGCUCCAGCCCCGGCCGGCACUGCUCCGCCCGCACCGGAGGCGAAACCGCGCAAACCUCCAAUCCCCCAACCCGCGCCUCGCGUCCGAGCGGAAAAGCCCACUGCAGCGGCAGAGCGCUUACCGCCCAUCACCGCCGUCCGGGCAACCAAGCCUCGUUUGCCGCAAGCCGAGGCGCGGAGACCAUUCCGGCCAACGACGAAAGCAGCUGCUCCUCCUGCCGCAGCUACCACGGCGGCUCCGCCAGUCAAGGCGGCUGUGUCGUCAAGAUCUGCCUCGGGCUCGACAGCGCCCAAGGGGCCGGCUGUUGCGGUACCCAAAGCAGCACCCGCCCCCGUCCCAAAGCCCACUGCACCCCCCGUACCCGCUUCUCGGUCCGUCUCGUCCAACCUCACCAAGCCUACCGCGGCUUCGGCGCAACGUGCAGCCAGCGCCACCCACCCGCCUGCUUCGAGUACCACUACAGCCGCCGCAGCCGCUGCCAAAGGUGCCGCGGCGGCCAAGGCGUCUUCCUCGGCAUCCAGCACCCUUCCUCCCCCGGUCAAGAAAGACAAGGUCAAGCGGAAAGCCGCCGUCCCUUCCUUCCGGCCAACCCGGACUGCGGAUCCCAAGUCGGGCGGGGCACCGACAGCGAGAGCUGCCGCAACACCAGCGGCAGCAGGGGGCACUACCAGUCUCUCAGCGUCGACCAUCUCGUCCGCUCCAUCUUCCUCGGCAUUGGGAAGAUCCCAGGCCAAGGCGUCGGGACUGGGAGUAGGAGCAGGUGGGAUAGUAGCGAAAGUCCGGGUCAAACCCGAGGCGAUCCCGCUGCCGAUCAGUCCGGGCGAGAAACGGGCGGUCGAGAUCCCGCUGCCCCCUAGUCCGGUCGUACUGGAGUUUACGGGCAAGGUGAAGGUGCGGACUAGGCCAGAGAGUCUGGGAUUAUCAACGUCCGGAAGGGAGGCGGGUGGCGGCGGCGCAAUUAUAGGGACAACGGACGGGAGAGGCGACCGGGUGUCCCCUCUUGCGAGCGAAGUACCCCUCCCACUCUCGCCGACUGCUUCCAGUACCACUCCGGUAUCGUCUCCACCUCGCCCCACUGUCGAAUUCGGCUCGUCAUCCUCGCAGUCCCCUAUCAAUCUCGUCAACAUCUCCCAUUCCUCGCCUUCACGCAACGCGGUAUCGACCGACCUGGGUCUCCCGUGUAUACCAGGGAGCGGACUCACGCCGAUCUCGAAAGCGUCUACCAUACCGGCAAGGUCGGACUGGAUGGGCAGUGACAGCGAGGACGAGGAAGCGUCAGAGGCGGGAGAGGAGCGGGUGACACUGGGGAAGAACCGUCAGGAGGAGGCGGUCUGUGUUCCGCCGGUAGACUCAGACGGGGCAGAGAAGGACCUUAUCGAAUUCUCGUCACCUUCACGGCCGACAUCGGAUCCGGCAGUAAAGGUCGCAGAGGCGGAGGAGACAGGGCUGACGGAGCUGGAGAAGGCGGAGGAAAGGGACCUGAAUGAGUUCUCGGCGCCUUCCCGACCCGCCUUGUCGGUACUCGAAGGUGAUGAGAAUACUGUGGGGAGGUCAGAAGUCAGCCCGGUCAGUCAGGGGAAGACGAUGAAGGCGGAAUCAGCGGCCGGGGGAGUAGUGGGGACAGUAGCGAGUCCGAGGGUCGUUUUGAGCGAACGGAGGAAUGGGGUGUUGAGGCACGAAGAAUUGCUUUGA